AUGUACAGUAGUAGAAAUUCAAUCUUGCUUCUCGGAAUUACUAUAUCCAUACUUCUUCUUUGGUGUACAGUUCAACCAUCAUAUGCUGAUGCAAAUGAAGAAGAACAUCAUGUUAUUGAUAAUACUGAAGAAGAUAAUAAUAUUGAUGAUGAAAUUAAUGAUUUCGAUAAUUUAUAUCGCCGUGCAUCAUUACGUCCUUAUGCUUUACAGCAACGUGCAUCACUUCGACCAUUUGCUGGUAAACGUGCAUCACUUCGACCUUUCGCUGGUAAACGUGCAUCACUUCGACCAUUUGCUGGUAAACGAGCAUCAUUACGCCCAGCAAGUUAUGUUGGCAAACGAAAACGUCGAAAUGUUUUAUUCUAUGAUGAAUAA